AUGGAUCCUCCGCAGAUGCAUGGUGACCCCCCCACUUAUGAACUGGCCUGCAGCUCAUCGAAGCAAUGCAAGCACGCUUCUCGAGUGCCCUCCAAGGAAUUGACCAUAAAGAACACGACUCUAGCGCCUCCGCGAGCCCAACAGUUCGGUUCGAGUCUCCAGCACUCUGGGUCUGCUUCCACGAUAGGCUCAUCCCCAGCGGGACGUGAGAAGAUCAUCCCCUGA